AUGGAAUGGCUAAAGCAAGGUGGCAAACAUGGUGGUCUUUACUGGAUUGGUGGUAAAGCUGACGAGUAUCCCGGCGACUCACGAGACAUCCUCAGAGUGCCUGAGAACUUGACGGCUUUUGUAAACGUCAAGGUCUGCGUAUCGAGCCGACCUUGGGAAAUCUUCGAGAAAGCUUUUGACACAAACACCGAUCCCCGGCUGUACCUUCAAGAACUCACCAGACGAGAUAUUGAGAUCUAUGUCUACCAAACUUUCGAAGAGGAUCCAAAUUUCAUCCAAGCAAGAAAUCACGACAGCAAAUACAAUGAACUUGUUUCUGAGAUUGUUGACCUUGCGCAAGGUGUCUUUCUUUGGGGUUUUCUCGUUGUUCGGUCGUUGCUACGAGGCCUGACCUCUGCUGAUACCUUCAAAUUUUUGCAAACCAGGCUUUAUCAUCCCAAAUGGCGCGGAUAUUCCGGGUUGCCCAGGGAGCCUGGGCACCUUUUGCCUCUGCUCCUUUACACAUUCGUUGACAAUCUGGAAGAAAAUUCGGAUUUUGCGCUCAGACUGGGUGUUCAAACUCGCAGUAGUCAAAAGGCAACUCAAAACGCAAAAAUAAAAUUAGGGCUGAAAAUCAAAGAUCGGGAAAUAACGAUGGAGAAACGAAUUGACGAUCGGUCCAAAGGACUUCUGGGAAUUUUACACCAGCCGACAUUCUCCAGUCAAAACAAAGACCUUUUUCUCACCCAAAAGGUAGACUUCCUUCAUCGUACUGUUUCUGAAUUCUUGAUUCGGGAGGAUAUUCAGGCGAAGUUCGCCCUCAAAACUACGUCUGCCUUCAUUCCUGAACUUGUCAUCUGCCAUUCGAUCUUUGCUACACUCAAACUCCUAACACUCGACAUUGGUGAGGUGGAAAAAUUCAUCUUGUGA